UCACUUUGUUUGUGGCUUUGUUUUGGUGCUGCACGCGCGAGACCGCAUCGCUGUGUACACGGUCCCGCAACAGGAAGUGUUUCCGCGUGUAUUUAGUACGAUUUUAAGACGCAAAUUCCCUAUUUAACGUUGCAGCGAUCAUGUCCGAACCAAGCUCCAAGGAUACCGUGCUGAAAACUGCAAUGAUUUACGUGUGUGGCGAAUGUCACCACGAGAAUGAAAUGCGCCCCAGAGAUCCGAUCCGUUGCCGGGAGUGUGGAUAUCGUAUCAUGUACAAGAAGCGUACAAAGCGACUUAUCGUCUUCGAUGCCAGAUAGAGGGGACAGCGAGGAGCGUAUUGUAAAAAACAAACCCCCAACACAAACUAUUCUACUACUAUUAAUAGUUCGGAAACAUAUACAACCCUAAUAAACCAAUAACUGCUGUGUAUA